UAAAGGAUGAAAUAGAAAGGAAUUGGAUUUCCUUUCCGUGAUGCCAAACAGUCCCUAAAUAGACUGUAGUCGUCGAUGCCAUGUCUUAUUUACUUCAUUUCCAAGCGAAAAAUAUAUCUAAAUCUUAUUAAACCCCCACUCUCUCUCCCGCCCUCACCACCGUCACUUCUCCACGCGCCACCACCGCCCCUGAAACCUCAGUUGUCCCCAGAUCCCUAAUUCAGCUGAAACACACACUAAUACACCUCCGGAAACACGCACAAUGUCUUACAGCGACACCAUCCCUCUGCAUCCCAGCUCUCAAUCGGACAUCGACGAGAUCGAGAACCUCAUCAAUUCCAGCCACUCCUCCGUUCUCCCUGCUCGCCCUCCUUCCCCUCCACGCGCCUCCAUCCCCAUCUCCUCUACCCCCCCACCUCCUCCGCCUUCAUCCCCUCCUCCCCCUCCCGCCGUUCACAAACCCACCCCUGUUCCCUCUGUCAUACCAACCGUUCCGGCCGCCGCGGCUCCUAAGCCCCCUACACAUGGAUCCACCAGCGGCAGCGGCAGUAUUGGGGUAACCGGUUUCGGGUCGGCCCCGAAUACACUGACGGAGCCUGUUUGGGAUACCGUCAAGAGGGAUUUGUCGAGGAUUGUCAGCAAUUUGAAGCUGGUUGUUUUCCCCAAUCCUUACAGGGAGGAUCCGGGGAAGGCAUUGAGGGAUUGGGAUCUCUGGGGACCCUUUUUCUUUAUUGUUUUCCUUGGCCUUACUCUCUCAUGGUCUGCUUCCGUUAAGAAGUCCGAAGUUUUUGCUGUUGCAUUUGCGCUGCUCGCAGCAGGUGCUGUAAUUUUGACUUUGAAUGUGUUGCUGCUGGGUGGCCACAUCAUCUUCUUCCAGAGCCUCAGUCUUCUUGGUUACUGUCUAUUCCCUCUGGAUGUUGGUGCCCUGAUUUGCAUGUUAAAAGACAAUGUAAUAAUUAAAGUGGUUGUCGUAGCCGUGACAUUGGCUUGGAGCUCAUGGGCUGCAUACCCCUUCAUGAGUACUGCUGUCAACCCAGGAAGGAAAGCUCUUGCACUCUAUCCCGUCUUACUCAUGUACGUCUCUGUGGGUUUCCUCAUCAUCGCCAUCGACUGAAGAAUCAAUGAUGGUUGUUAUAGUAACACUCGAUCAGCAAAUCAAAAACUAGAAUUCUUUACAGUAGAGUUUCUGAGGAAUUCUGUAAUUGUGAUUGUACGUAAUAUUCUUUCUGUUGUUUGCAACAUCACCCAGUAAAAUUGUUCAACAGAGUUUGGUUAGUCAAAUUAUUAACCUUUGCUUCUUAGAGCUAA